AUGGCGCCCUCGGGGACGUCGAUGUUCUCCAAGCUCAGGCCCGGCCAUGCGAAGCGCAAUGCCUCGAGUCUCGCUUCACCAGAGCCCGUUCCAAGCCCCGCCGCCGCCCACGCCCACGCCCAUAACCCUCUACCCUCGCCGUCGCAUACCACACCCGAGUACUUUUCCUCCCCGCGCUUCAACGACAAUGCCAGCUACACCUCAGGCUCCCCCAUAUCGCCCUAUCCGCCUCAGUUACCGCCCAUCACACGCGUCGCCUCGAAGCUCGACAAGUCUGUGUCGCCCAACAGUUCCCAAUACACCACCAGUCAGCACUCGGCAAGCACUGGAGGCGGCAGCAGCAGUAACAUGGCACAGGACCGCGGCAUGCUCUCCCCGCCCCAAAGGACACAGGGCCAUCUGUCUCCUGGCUAUGAGAACAAGCCGCUCUCUGCGCGCUCAAACGCUGGAGGCACUCCCACGAGCGCGAAUCGACCAACACAGAACUCAUCCUCACAUCUAGCACCCUCCGUCAUAUCCCCCAGCUAUACCAACUUCUCAAAGUCACAGACGUCGCUAUUGAGUGGCAUCAGCGACAAACUCACAGGCAGUUCCAAGGGCACCUCAACACCAACGGCAGCCCCCAGCAAGUCAAAGUCGAGACUGACCCUGCGCAACCCCAUGUCGCUUCUAAUGCGACGAAGGUCGGGACAGACCCUGGACCCUCUCGCCGACGAAUCGCUCGUCACUCAACGGUCGCCGUCGAAUGUUCCACCCAUGCCCGACAACUACGACCCCAGUAUUCGCGGAAAGAUCAGACAUGAUUUCGACGCGCCCAGACUGAACCGAGGCUACUCCUACAACAACGCGUCAGAGGGAGGGGAAGUGCAGGAGGAGAUUGCUCGUGCCAGCCCACCAAAGAUCGAGAAGGAGCAUACACCAGUGUUCCGUGAGCACUUUGACGAUGACACCAGCUACGAACAGUCGCAAGCUGCCAUACGAGCAGAGCAGCUGGUGAACAACGACUUCCUCGCAAGAAAUUCAGUACAAUUCCCUCCACCUGAACGCUCAGCUCCCCCGCCGCCGCAACCCAAGAACUCACCGCCGCUGCUGCCGCCGCCUCCUCCACAAGCGUCUCCACCACCUCGACCGUCAUUCCAGGGUUUCGAAAACGGAUCUUCAGUAUUAUCACCUGUACAAGAGUCGGAGAAUCCCCUGGACGUCUCUACAGAUGUUACUCCACGGAAGAAUAAGUCGACAAAGUCACCGCCGCCACCUGCACGAUCGAGGGCAACGUCUGUUACAGACCCAUCUUUUCAGCCAGCGGGGCUACCGGCACAUUUCAGCAGUCGAGCGUCUAGAUUCAGCUUCCAAAUAUCUGGAGGGCCGGAUUCCGCGCAAGAGAAGAUGCUCGAGGAGCGACACAAGGCCAAGGAGGCAGAGAAGAAGCAGGCGCGGAACUCUACCAACUCGGUCGAAGAUGAGUAUGACGAUUAUGGCAUGGAUGAUUACGAUGACAUGGACGGCGGCUUUGACGAAGAGAUACCAAUGCUUGGCGAGGAGGACGAGUUUGGAGGCGGUCUAGGAGACCAGACGCUGGACUCUGGUAUCAACAACUUCGAUUUCUCAUCUCUGUCGAUACAGCAGCAGAACUUGAACGAUACCACGAGUCCUCUGAACAUGAUGCAGAUGCCUGUUGACAUGAACGGAAACCCUAUCGGUUUUGCCAUGUCGCAGGAGAUGCUUCAGCAGUAUCAGAUGUCUAUGAUGGGUGGUCAACCGAAUCAACAGGGUAUGGCGAAUAUGCAGGCUUCGGGAUGGAACCUGACAAGCCUUGCGGGUAAGCCUGUUGAGCCUUCUCCAGUCGAAACCCCUGGGACAUCCGAAGAUGCGGCGCCUUCAGAUGCAAAACAACAGAACUUUGUGAACCUCGAUCUCGAUGACGACAUGUACUUUGACGACGGCCUCAUUGGCGACCAGGACGACAUUGAGCCUACAGAAUUCGACGAAAAUGUCUUCGACGACCCUAACGGGCCACUAUACGAGAGGAAAGUUAAGUUUGCUGAAGACGAAUUAUCACCCACUACUCACCAGUCGCGUGCGCUUGAUGCCUUGAACUCGGAAACAGGUUACGAGGCGGAUGAUGACACCGUGCCAAAGCAUUUCGAGAAGUCGGAACCUUCACUCGCACAUAAGACUUCGAUCGCACAGCAGCGGCCUGUACCGAGUCUCGACAACCUCAGCGCAUAUCACAGUGCGCUCGCUGAUGCAGCACAACGCGCUGAGGCUGCCGGCCGCUUCACUAGAAAAGCGAGUGUGGAUGCUGGUCAGACUAGUUUUGACGUUGACGAUCAGCCCUCACCCAGCCAUUCGCGGCCUAGCCUUGUUCCUGACGACGGGCGCUUUAGUGUAGAUACCAUCAGCUUCCCGCAGGACGAUGACAUCUACGGCAUGAGCUCUGGCUAUGUGGACGACUACGACUACGACUACAGCGACUUUGACUCGGCCAUGGAAGAUGACCCAAUCAUUGCCGAGGCCAAUGCUGAAGCCCUGGCUUAUGAUGAUGAGGGAUUCUACGGCCAAGAGUUCGGUUUCUACGCAUCUGGAAAUGGCGAGUCACCGAGCGCUUGGGGUGGCUUCUUUGGGCCAUCUGGUCUUGGUCGUACGGUCAGCGGUCGCAACGCUGUGCGAGAACCGAACUUGACGCCCAUCACGGAGCGCAGCGAAUAUAGCACGCGCAAUUCAUUCAUCAGUCUCAAUCACUUCCGCGACGGACAACAGCCAAUGUCAAGUCCUGGCUUAGCGCAGCUUGCUCGCAUGAGUCCGUACGGCUUCCCUGGACCUGAAGAGGAAGGAGACAUGAGUCUCGACGCACUGCUCAAGCUGCGCAAAGGUGCCUUCGGGAGCAGCGUUGCCAGUUUACCAGUCAGUGCUGCCAACAGUCCGCGCAACUCUUCUCCCAUGGGCAUGCAGUUCGUACCCCGAACAUCAAGUCCUGUCGGUAACCGCAUGAGAGAGCAGCCCUCUGAGUCGCUUGAGAGCUCAUACUCUUCGAACAACAUCUCUUCUGAUUACCAGAACGACGACCAAGACAAUGAAGAAGACGACGAGGGACUCAUGGAUGCGGUUAAUGGCGCGUACGAGUCUGGCCGCUCUAGCGAAGAUGAUUACGACGGAGACGAACGACCCGAAAGUCCUACUCUCACAGCUAGCGAUUACAAUAGUCUCUCCAGUCCGACUGGAUAUGGCGUUGGGAACGAAGCACCACUUCUGCCUCCCAUUUCGGAACUUUAUGCCCAGCACAACAUGAUGAGUCUAGCAAUGUCCCCAAGUGGCAUGUCCGCCACUUCACCGUCCAACAUUUCUCUCCCAGUAUCGCCAUUCCCAAUGCCGCUCUCUUCGCCAUACCUACCGCAACACCAAAAUCGACCACCCAACCCCCCUUCAAUCGACACUUCGCUCUCUUCACCAUCCGCACCUACCGUUUCCACGUCUGGCGGACCACGGAGACAAAGCAUGGGUCUUAGUCCCAUCUCAAACUCCUCUCCCAUUACACCGAAUGGCGGAAGCGGUGGCGGCUGGAACCGUGGUCAUAGCAGGAAGGGUAGUGCAGCGGAUAGCGUGACGUAUGUACGCGAACACGACGAAGCUGGAGAAGGAAGAUGGGUACUAGAACGUCGACGCACGGCUGAAAGCGGGGAAUUGGAGUUGAUUGGCAGGGAAAUUGUUGAAGGCGGACGGAUAUGA